GCCAUUCUGGAUGAAUAGGUUAUUUAUGAUUACAACUGUUACAUAACACAACAACUCAUAAAAGCCAUACUCUGUUCAGUAAAAGUUCUACAUUCAAACUCCUUUACAAAAUCAAAAGUACUUCUGCAGUAAAAUGGCUCCUGUGAGUUAUUUGAUUUAUACAUAUACAUAUAUGUAUAUAUAUAUAUAUAUAUAUAUAUAUUACAUUAUUUGAUCAUUACUGAUGCAUCAAUGCAUAAUUAACAUUUUGUAGCUUCUCAAGGUGGAGUUAGUUUUAUAGAAACUAUGUUUUUUGCUGAGGGGACUGGGAACCAAAGGAACAUACAAUCUAUCAGGGGGCUUGUUAGAUAAUGAAGGACAAAUAGCGUGACAAAUAGAAAAAACUGAUUUCUGCACCAAUUUAUAUUUUUGUGAAAUUUGUGAAAUUUAUAAUCUCUGGGGGUUUCAUCUGAGAAAUUUAGAGGGUAAAUCUCUUUGGUGGAACUGCUAAGAAGUUAUAGACAUCUGAAAUGUGACAGGGGGCGCCAACUAGACAUUGCUUUGGUGCUACCAAUCAUAAAUCUAAGGAUUACAGCUACCCCUGUGUUAUCUAACCAGUGUUGUCACCGUGGUAGCAACUUGUCAAGAGACAGCCCCCAUGUGCCACCCAAACUGUCCACACCUUUAAUUACGGGCAAAUUUAAGCCUUAAUAAUCUUUAAACAGGUGAUUUAUAUAAAAUUCAGCACAUCUACAUCAACAAAUUAUAGGCUACUGCUAAAUUAAAAUAACUGUUUCGGGGUCACUGAUUAACAGUGUUUGAAAUCUUUUACCAAGUAUGAACAGAGCAGAGUACAUGCUUUUAGGGUCACAGACUAACAGUGUAUGAAAUCCUGUUUCCAAGAAUGAAGCGGGCAGAGUCCACCUCAGCCAGUGGGCUUUUGUUCUAUUGCCAAGUGUCAUAUUAUUGGCUCAGGGCAAACCACACCAGUUUCAUAGGAUAUGCAAGCAAAAUGCAGGCUUCCAUCAUGUUGAUGAGGAAGAGGAAUGAUGAUGUUGGUGUGAAACAGAGAAAAGGUCACAGUUGUUUUUUCUUUCUUUUUCCGGGUGUUUCAUAACAGCCUGCAUACACACCACUUUGGAUUCCUUGUUACAUUGUUUUUCCUGGAAGUCUCUGCCUAUCACCUCCCUUGAUGGUGUCACACAGGUCAUGAAGAUCAAGCUCUGAUUGGUCGGGGACUAACAUGCAGUAUGUCUCUCAGCCAAAUCACAGCCAGAAUUAAUGACUUUCGCAAAGGACCAUUUUGACAGACAGAGAUAUUGUGUAGUCUGAGCCUGGCAGGUUUGAGCCCUUAUUUGCAGAAUGGAUUCAAUCUUUUCUGUAAUCGGAUCCUACAUUGACUGGGAUGUCAGAAGUCUGCUGCUCUUCACUGCAGUUUUCAUCCUCACUGCAGAUUAUAUUAAGAACCGUCGGCCGAACAGCUUCCCUCCAGGACCUCGGGCAUUUCCUGUUGUGGGCAACAUAUUCACUGUGGAUUUCAACAGGACCCAUGAGAGUAUGACACAGUUAGCAGGGAAAUAUGGAGACGUGUUCAGUCUGCGAAUGGGCCAGACAUGGAUAGUUGUGUUAAAUAGGUUUGAGGUUCUGAAAGAAGCUCUGGUAAAUCAGGGGGACAGCCUGGUGGACCGACCAGACAGCCCUCUGGAGUGGGACAUAGCUCAUGGACUAGGUGUAGGCUUCAGCAAUGGGAACACAUGGAAGCAGCAGAGGCGUUUUGCAUUGUCGACCCUCAAAUAUUUUGGAUUUGGCAAGAAGUCACUUGAACCUGUCAUCUUGAAUGAAUUUAUGCAUUGUGCAAAAGACUUCAUUAGCCAUAAAGGUAAACCAUUCAAUCCUCACCUCGUCCUCAACAACGCUGUCUCCAACAUCAUCUGCACCUUGGUUUUUGGUCAUCGCUUUGAGUACAGUGAUGAGAAGUUCAUCAAACUGAUGAAGAGCGUUGGCAAAGCUGUCAAGCUUCAAGUCUCCAUCUGGGUACAGCUUUACGACUCAUUCCCUCUGCUGAUGAGACGUUUGCCAGGGCCACAUCAGACAGUCCUGCACAUCUGGAGCAAUGUGAAGGACUUCAUAAGAAUGGAGCUUGAGCAGCACAGACAGAACUGGGAUCCCUCAGACCAAAGAGACUUCAUCGACUGCUACCUGAAUGAGAUUGAAAUGAAUAAGGAGCAGGCUGACAGUACUUUUAAUGAGGAAAACCUGGUUAUGUCUGUCUUGGAUCUGUUUGCGGCUGGCUCUGAGACCACGGCCACCACCUUGCGCUGGGCUUUCCUCUACAUGGCAAAGUACCCAGAGAUCCAGGCAAAGGUCCAGGCUGAGAUAGACGAAGUCAUUGGACAGUCCAGACAGGUGUCCAUGGAAGAUCGUGCAAACCUGCCCUACACUGAUGCUGUCAUACAUGAGAUCCAGAGGAUGGGCAACAUAGUUCCUCUCAGUCUGCCUCAUGUUACCAACAGGGACAUUCAGCUGGGAAGCUACACAAUCCCAAAGGGAGUUAUAAUAAUCCCCAAUCUGACCUCGGUGCUUUUCGACAAGAAAGAGUGGAAGACUCCCAACACCUUCAACCCAGGACACUUUCUGAACGAGGAGGGCAAGUUUGUGAAGCCAGCUGCUUUCAUCCCUUUCUCUGCUGGUAAGCGGGUGUGUCUCGGCGAGAACCUGGCCAGGAUGGAGCUUUUCCUCUUCUUCACCUCCUUCAUGCAGCACUUCACCUUCUCCAUGCCUGCUGGGGUGAAGCCUGUGAUGGACUAUUGCUUUGGUGUUACUCUGGCACCACGUCAAUAUGAAAUCUGUGUGACGUCACGCUAAGAGUAGCUCUGACAUAACAAAUACUCAAAAGAGCAAUAACCUGUCAUCAUUAUGUCAGCAUGACAAGGUUUAUAUCAAAUAGAUACUUGGCUAAUUAUGCAUCACAUUGAUUUUCAAGGCCAGUUAAGCUUAAUCUGGCUUUAUUUUUAAUUUUUUAAUUUACAAAGUUGACAUGAGUCACUUUUUAUUUUUUGUUGAUUUCUGUCUCACAUUUCAGCCAAGAAUGUGAGCUCCAUCUCAUAACCAUUUAUGAUGUUACAUUCUGGAUUUCCAAUACAUGCCAAAGAGGAUAUGGAGGUCAUUUUUUUAUCAUGUAUUGUAACUCAGAUAAUGAUGUGGUGAGUCAAAUAUAGUUUAGGAUAGGACUUUUUUAAGGUUUGGAGUUAAAGGAAGUUCUGAUAGACAACAUAAACUGCUGUGUGCAUCUUUGUGUGUGUGUGUGUGUGUGUCUGUGUAUACGUCUUAAUAUUGACAUACAAUCACUUAAAAUUACAUUUUGGGGGAUUUUUACUAAUUAAAGAACAUGAAGUGUGGUAAAGAAUAUUGCUGUGGUCAUGUGAAACCCUUGUAACUGUUGUGGGUAAACAGGCUAUAUAGGAAUAUAUAAAAAAGUACUGCCUCUGCAGUAAGGUGGCCCCUGUGAUCUAUAUAAUGUAUAUACAUUACAUUAUUAGAAUCAUACUGAUGCAUCAGUGUAUAUAAAGCAUUUUGUAGCUUCUUAAGGCGGAGCUAGCUCUGUAGGAACUGCUUUAUUGCUUAUGGGAUUGGGACUCAAAGGGUCAUGAAGUCAGUCAGGGGGCUUGUUAGAUAAUGGAGUUACAGUAGUAACUAGUAAGUAUAGGAAUUAAGUAAAACAGUCCCCAGGCAAAUUUGUAUUUACUUUUUUUUUUAAAUUUGUAUUUAAAAUUUGCACAUUAUCUGAGAAGCUUAGUGGGGAAAUCUCUCUUUGGUGGUACUGUGAACAACUCAGGACAUCUGAGAUGUGACAAGGGGCCCCGACAAGACACUGCUCUUUGUAAGGGGCUGCAAGCAAAACCAGGUAAAGUGAGCUGAGACCACUUGUGGUGAGGCAGCCUACACUGAGCACUGCCCAGGGGUGUUACUGCUUACUCACCUCAGGUGCAACACAGUAGUACUCACAGCAAAAUGGUGCAAUCUACACUUACAUCUUGGUGCUUUUACUUGCUUGCAUAACAUGUCGGGACCACACCAUGGGUGCCCAGCCUCCCAACAAUAUGACACUCUUCAUCACUGACAUAAAAAUUACUACUACAAAAAAAUAAUUAAUUGAAAGAUGAAA